AUAGAACAGUUUGUGAUCAUCUCUCGUGGCAUCUAGACGUGUGUAGCAAGACUAAAAAAAUCGCGAACUGGCGCGAAAGUUUUUAGCAAGUUAUUUUUUUAAAUUAAUUGUGCAAUUGUUGAUGAAUCUGUUUUUGUGUUCAGCCUAAGUGUGUUAUACUCUUUUGAUGUUAAAAUUAUUAUCGUGUAUUUUGUGAAGCAAUGUGAGAGAAGGACGAUAGGCGGUAAAUUACAUGUGACAAGUUUAUUUUAAAAUUGCUCUGGUUUUUGUGCGAAAUUGUGUUUAUUUAUUAUGGCUGAUGUGGAAAAUACCGGCGGGAAAGAGGUUAUUAAAGAAGAAGAGGAGGAGGGUACAGAGUUAGAACUAGAGGCUCUAUACAGAAGAUACUGCGUGCGACUCAAACAUGCGCUGUUCGUAUCAGCGCUAUGUGUUACUCUGUUCUGUUGCGUUCUGCUGUUGUGUGCGGUGUGCAUUCUGCACUCGAGUGAACUAUCAACCCAAACAAAAGCGAUAGCAUCACUAUCCGUCAUCACAUUCGUGCUGUCAAUAGUGUUGUGCCUAGCGCUGUUACCAGCGGCCCCGGAAUGGGAAGCACUAGCGCUGGCCGGGUCACUUCUAGUGACGUUCAGUCUCGGGGCCGGGACGCUGAUGGCGACGCAUCAUGCGCCGUUGCCGCUCUUCGCGUUGAUAUUGAUGGUGCACACAAUGAUGCCUAUAGCGCGUCCCAUAGCGCUCGCCAUGUCUGCCGUGCUCACGCUGGCGUACGUCGGCCUGGCGCUGGGAGUGCGCCCUGAUGGUGAAGAGUCGCAGUUCUACCAGCAGCUAAUCUGCGAGCUGUCACUCCUACUCUCAGCGAGCGGCAUCGGGCUAUACUACCGAGCGCUCACGGAGAGAGCUCACAGGAACACCUUCGCUGGCACCAGGACUUGUCUGGAGCAGAGAGUCAAGCUGGAGUGUGAGAGGGAGCAGCAAGAGAGGCUGCUGCUGUCGGUUAUACCAGCUUAUAUUGCUGCUGAGGUGAAACGCUCAAUAAUGCUCAAAAUGGCGGACGCUUGCGCCGACAGCUCAAAACAGACGCGUUUCCACGAGAUGCACGUGCAACGUCACAACAACGUGAGCAUACUUUACGCGGACAUCGUGAACUUUACGCCGCUGUCUGAGCGACUCAGCGCGUCGGAUCUCGUGAAGACGCUCAACGAGCUGUUCGGGAGAUUUGAUCAGAUCGCUCAGGAAAACCAAUGCAUGCGUAUCAAGAUCCUCGGCGACUGCUACUACUGCGUGUCAGGCCUGCCGGUGUCCAGGCCCAACCACGCCUACAACUGCGUCAAUAUGGGCCUGCAGAUGAUCGAUGCUAUACGGUUCGUCCGCGAAGCCACGGGUUUCAACGUGGACAUGCGCAUAGGCAUCCACACUGGUAACGUGCUGUGUGGCGUGCUCGGCCUCAGGAAGUGGCAGUUCGAUGUCUGGAGCGAUGACGUGACGCUAGCCAAUCACAUGGAGUCUGGUGGUAUUGCUGGACGUGUGCACAUCACAAAAGCAACAUUACUGCAGCUGGGUGGAAGGUUUGAUGUGGAGCCAGGAGAUGGAGCUUCAAGAGAGGGCUACCUGGCUGAUCAUAAAGUGGAGACGUACCUCAUAGUUCCACCAAGGAAACCUUCAGAAAAUGGUCGUCUCUCAGUCUGCACGGUAGAUAGGAAAGCCAGUAUUGUAUCAUCGUUGUACCAAGAUGUGUCUCCUACGAAACCACGAGACAACAUCAGCCCUGCACCUUCACAGAACAGCUUCAAUGAAAUGGAAACCUUCCCCAAUAGGGUACUGAGGACAGAAUCCUUAAGGACUACUGGAGAUCUCAGUCGAAGAGCAUCAGUGAAAGUGGUAGCUUUCGAUAAUAACACCCAAGCUACGAGCCCCGGUGAAGGUCUUGGUAAUGGAACAGUCGUCACUGCCAAACCUAAGAGUCGCAGCGGUUCUAUUAUUGGAGCUAUAAGUCCUAUCAUGGGAACAGCGACUCCCGGCGUACCAUCCCGCUCUCGUCCCUCAAGCAAGAUGACCAAGUACGUCGAGUGUUGGGGCGCAGACAAACCAUUCGCUAACAUCACCGACUCCACUCUUGCCAAGAAUAUUGGAAUUUCUAGUCUAGCUAUGAUUGAACAGAAUCUUCUACCACAGAGGACAACGUGCUGUGAUUGCAGCACGAACUCAGAAGGCAUGAACCGUCUCACCCUCUGGUUCAAGAGCAGCACUCAAGAGCGACAGUACCGCAACCAAGCCGACGCGCAGUUCAAGUAUAAUGUCGCAUGCGCAGCUGCUCUGUUCGCACUGCUGGCGUUUAUACAGCUGCUGACUGUGCCUAAAGGUGUAGUCCUAUACGCAUCGUUUGGUCCAACACUGUUCACGCUGCUAGUCUUCGUGUACCUGUCCUGGUAUGAUGGCAGCAUGCUGAAGAGAGGACUCCGUCCUAUAUCUGAUGUGCCCGAUGAUUUGUAUGCUGAUAACUGUACUAAACCUGGACAGGUGGUGGCAAAUAACCGGUUUAUAAGGCUAACGAUGUUCACGGUGUCAGUGCUGCUUAUAGGCGCAUGUGCUGUUAUUAAUCUGUUCCAGUCAUUCGUGAUAAUAGACUACCCGAUGUACCUGCGCAGCAACAGCUCCAACUUGACAGAUUUCAACUUUACCGAUGACGUAACUAUGAACGGACUGCACUUCUCUAAUGAUGUCGAUUCAGCUCCUAGCUACCUGUACAGCUCAGUGCUAACACUAGCAUCAAUAUCAGUGUUCCUCCGAGUGGGCUUCGUGCUGAAGUUCGCGCUGAUGCUGGUGACGUUGGUAGCACAUAUUGCGCUGUUCGCGUCGGCAGAGCUGUUUUAUGAGUACCAGAAGAAGGAUUUGGAGAAUGAAUUCACAAUGCUAGCCUACGCCACAAAGGCAGGCAUGGUGCUGGUGUUCCUGGCUGCCUUACUGCACAUCCUCGACCGACAGAUCGAGUUCACCUCGCGCACUGACUUCUUGUGGAAGGACAAGCUCAAGUUCGAACAGGAAGAAGUGGAAACCAUGAGGGGGAUUAAUAAGAUUCUUCUAGAAAAUAUACUACCAGCUCACGUUGCAGAACAUUUCCUGACAAAUGUUGCAUCUGAGGCAGAGUUAUACCACGAGAGAUAUUCGACGAUAGCCGUGAUGUUCGCGUCGAUACCGAACUACAAGGAGUUCUAUGACGAAACCGACGUUAAUAAACAAGGCUUGGAGUGCUUGAGGCUGCUCAAUGAAAUUAUAUGCGAUUUUGAUAAGCUCCUUCUGAAGCCAAAGUUCAGCUGUAUAGAAAAGAUAAAGACGAUAGGAAGCACAUACAUGAUUGCUUCUGGUCUGAGGCCGGGGAAAGAGGAAAAAAAUGACGCGACGAGUAAAGAGGAGCACACAGUAGCGAUCCUGGUGGAGUUCGCGGUGGCUCUCAUGACCAUCCUCGACCAGAUCAACCGGGAGUCCUUCCAGAGGUUCAAGCUUAGGAUAGGUCUGAACCACGGCCCCGUGAUAGCAGGCGUGGUGGGUGCUCAGAAGCCGCAGUACGACAUCUGGGGGAACACCGUCAACGUCGCCUCGCGCAUGGACUCCACCGGCAUCAUGGGACGGAUACAGGUCACUGAGGAUACUGCUAAGGUACUAAUGAGCGCUGGCUACACGUGCGAAUGUCGAGGUCCAACAUUCGUUAAAGGCAAGGGCACACUCACAACCUACUUCGUGAAAACACCAAACGUUGGUGGAGGACAUUAAGCAGGUUCUAGAACCUUCCAUCACAGUGACGUCAUGGAUUGAAGAUCUAGAGAAGUCGUCGAGGAGUGGAAGGUGGAAUGAGGGAAGGAGAAUGAAGAUAAGUGAGCAUCGAAUAGCCAGGGUCUACAAGAAUGUACAAAGAGAAACAUGAUAAAAUAAUGGAGUGGUUUCAUAGAGAGAAGUGAUAGUUUUUUUUUUUGUUUAACAGGAAAUAACAAAUGACGAAUACUGUUUGAAAAUUAUUCGAUCCGACAUGAAAAUUAAAAAUAUGUACUACAAUAGGUACAUAAUGUGAAUAGAACACAGAAAUUGGUUGCCAGAUUGAACAAAAUUGACGACUAAUGAAAAUUAUAUAGGUCAAAAUAUUGUGAAGAACCUCAAUCAGGUUGAAUUUACUAAAUACGUCAAAUAAUGCGACUUUUCAUGACACAAAAAAAUACAUACACACUUUAUAUAGGUUUUACAUUUUUAUGUAAAUGAUGUUUAAUCUCUAUAGUAGGGGAGGCAAGAGUGCUAAACCGGGAGUGACUCGAGCGUCAAUGAGACCUAUUAGAUUGCGAAGCUUAGAUGAUAAGAAGAAAAAAAUGUCCUGACAUACACACACUUUCAUCGGUGGGUGGAGCGGCUAUAAACUUUCAAAAAUGUAAAAAAAAACAGUUGCAUGGACAUACUCGAGCGCGUCAGAUAUUAAUAGCAUGCACGCCGUACGUCAUUUUGAAAACAUACGUAUAUUAAUCUGACUGUUUCUAUGGUGGGGGUGGUCGUAGGUAAGGGUUAAAAAUGGGAAAAAAAAUAAUUUUAUCGAGCGCGACAGAUUUUGAAAAGGGGAGUUAAGUGAACCAAAACGAAGCCUCUUAUGCAAUAAUCUGACGAUUUAGACGUGACCUAAACUCGUGGCCAUUAUUUGAAAUUGCAAAAAAUAAUCGCCAUUUUGAAAUACUCGAGCGCGUCAGAUUAAGAUAUAUAUGGUUCAUUUAUGUACCCUUAACGUAAUCAUCUUAUAAUCUGACGAUUAUCUGGAGGGACUCGCUUAAUCUGACAAUGGAAAGUUUUUAAAACUAAUAAUAAUCAAUACUGUAACCUAAUUUUCUUUGAAAAAUUAACACCAAUGUCGUUGUUUUUUAAUUUUGUUAUAAUCAUUAUCUAAGUCGUGGUGGCCUAGUGGGUAAAGAACCAACCUCUCAAGUAUGUGGAUUCGAUUCCAGGUCAGGCAAGUACCAAUGCAACUUUUCUAAGUUUGUAUUUACUGUCUAAGUUUAUCUUGGACACCAAUGUCUGCACAGCAAGUACUUAGUACUUACAAGACAUACACGUUGUAGCACUUUGGUAUUCCUUUAAAACUUGAGAUAUCAAUAGAUUAUUUUUGACUAUAUCCUUUUUACUAUAUCCUUGACACUUUUUGAUCUAUAUCCCAGAACGGACAAACAUUUCAACAAAGCUGUCAUAAUAAAGAUUGUUCUAGAUAAAAAGGCCUAUCCAAUGAUAUGUAUGAAAUUGCUAUUGGCGGAGUGUACCAAUCUGCUCAUACAUUACAUACAUUUCUAUAAUAAUUACAUUGAAUUAUAAUGACAUUGAUAAAUAUACAUGUGACAUAAACAAUACAAUUGAAUCUAUAAUAACAUGGCUUGACGGAAAUAAUCUACGCGUAAAUCUUACAAAAACAAAUUUUAUUCAAUUUAAUACAUACUUAUAGAUAAAAAAUAAGGCUCAUCAUCAUCUGCCUAGCCUUUUUCCCAACUAUGUUGGGGUCGGCUUCCAGUCUAACCGGAUGACUAGGCCACCACGACUGUAUAAAAAGAAGACUAUAAAGAGUAAUUAUAGAGGACAAAAAUUACAAGAAGUAUACGAAAUGGCAUUUCUCGGUAUCACGAUAGACAGACAAUGCAACUGGAAGGCACACGUAUUUAACGAAAGUAUCCAAUAAAAUGAAUCGUCUUCGUUAAAAACAGUAUAUCUGCAUACUAUGUAUGACUUCCUGAGAUUAGCGAGUUCAAACAAAAAAACUCUUCAGCUUUAUAAUAUUAGUGUAGAUUAUUUAAGACCCAAAAUGUACCAACACUUAUUGCAAAUGAAUUGAAUUGAAAAAAGAGAGAGAGGAAUAGAAACUUGGGAGGAGAAUACCGGCCUCACGUAGCUGCACGCUUUAAACUUUAUCGAUUAAUUUUCCUUACUUCGGCUUACGGGAAUCGUCAGAUUAUAUAUUUUUCGUGAACGUUGAAUUAUUCCCUUCAAAAUAAAAAAAAUAUUAGCCGCGCUCGAGAAAGUCAAGAUGACGUUUUUUUUUUACAAGUUUGUAACCUUCCUACUUCUUAUCGUCAAUCGCAAAUUGUCAGAUUAGUGGAAUAUACACUUUUUAGCAUAUAACUAACUUACCCUAUCUUAAUCUGACGCGCUGGAGAAUGUCAGAUGAUAUAUAUUUUUUUACUAAUCUGAUCCUUUAUUCUAGACACGCGGCUACAUAUACAGGGCUUAUACUUGGUGGAGGUGUUAAAUGGGGUAAUAGGUACCUCCGUAGGUACUAAUCUGCCGCGCUUGAGUAAAUCCCGAAAUCCCUUCUAGGCCUCCCCUACUAUAGAUGCAUACAACAUUCAAAUACAAAACAGUUUUCGUAUAUGGGACUUUAUUAAAUAAAAAUAAAAAGUAGCCAAGUAUCCGUAUUUUAUAAGGCCUAAAAAUACAAUGUGCUGUUACAUAUUCAAACUUAUCAAAUCAAUAAAAAGUAGUUAAAAUAGGUACUUACAAAAUAAAAACUUGUUUCCCGUGUCUGUAUAUUUUGUCAAUAGCCAGUUAUCACAAUAUAUCUUAAUUGUAAGUAAGAUCUCUUUUGUGCUAAUGAUGACUAUUUUUGUAAUGACAUAACUCAUACACUCAUAUUAUACACUCAUAUUAUUUUAGUUUUCUUCAAAAUAAUUUAAACGCCUGAAAAAAAAUUGCGAGCAAUGUUGCAAAUGUGUGCUUCGCUCAAAGUUUCAUCUAAGUGUUUUUUAUUUGCUGAAAUAUGUAUAAAAACAUUAAAGUAAUGAAUUAAGAUUAAUUAAUUUAUUAUUUAAAAUAAUGCCAAAAAAUAAAUUUUAAUACAAUUUCUCUUUUAAAACAGGAUACCUAAUUUAUUUCAGAAAAAACUUAUAAAGGAAAUAUUGUUUGUAAAUAUUAAUUUAGAUGGUAAUUUUAGUUUUAGCAGUAAAUAAUUUUAGUGUUAUAUAACUUGUAUAAAAGUGUGAUAAACGAGAAUUAUUAUUUAACAUGACAUAAAUGCAUGACUCCUAAAAUUAGUUUAUAAUUUGCAUUUAAUAAGGAUACCAUAUUUUUAAGUUCCAUUUUAUUGAUUUCAAUACUCUUUAGUGGUAUGGUGCUAAAUCUAUAAUGGAUUAAAAAAAAAAAACUAAAAAAUGCAUAUCCCACCAUUUUAGGCAAAGGUGUAAUUUUUGGAAAUAAUGAAAAAUUGAGAAAAUAUAUUUUCAGAGAACAUUAAAUAUUUUUUUGGGUUUUUUUAGUACCUACACCAACCCUUUUUAGUAUUUUUAUAGAAAAAAAACAUUUCGAUGGCCUCUUUAAAACUUUUAUUAGAGUUUUGUAAUCCUAUCAUACAAAUUAAAAAAUAGAUGUAAAUAUAUGCUCAUUAUUGGUUUAGCUGCAUGAUUAAAAUCAAUAAAAAAACAUUAUAUUGUAUUGAUGGCAUUUCAAUUUGCAACAGAUUGGUGGACAACUUAAAAAAAAUUGAAGUGUGUCCUCAUGUUGCAAAUUGAAAUGGCGAAACUACUCAAAUUACUGUAAACUCUAUAAAAUAGCUAUCUUACAGUAUUACAUUUAUCUACGAAGAUAUAAAGGUCCUGAGUAUUAGCACGCUCAAAUCUACUAACUACUACUACUACUAGUAUAUACUACUUUAAAUAUUACUCUAACAAAAUUUUAUUUAUUUUUGUUAAAAUUUGAUACAACUAGUUGCAGCUUUAUCUUAAGCGUCUUCAGUUGCCUAUGGUUAGAUAAUUAUUACAAUUAACUUAUCAUUUUCUCAAAAAGUACUGUUACUUGUAUUAAGAGCGUGCUAAGACAAAAAUACUAGAUCAUGUGUUACCAUAUUAGUGUAUCUCUAGUUAGAUAGCAUGAAAUCGAGCCUAAAUGUAAUUUAUGGAUAUCGUUUUAGAAAAUAUUUAAGUAGGAACAAAUAUUCAGAAGUGUAAAUUUAUUUUUAGGUCUGAGAUUUAUUUUGAAAAAAUAACGAUUUUAAUAAAAGUAUCGUUCGAUCAA